AUGUCAAGCGUCAUCGGCGGCUCUGCGCCCUUUACUGUACCCUCACCCAAGACCUUUGCCUUGACCCUGAAGAUCGUCAUCUGUGGCGCGUACCUGCCCCACCAAAAAGCCGGCACGAACGCGUGUAACCGCAAAUCCACCACCAUCAACCAAAACCAAACUUGA